AUGAUGAUGAUGACAACAACAACAACGAAAAGAAGAUCUUCUUCGUUGUCUUCUUCUUCGAUGCUCUUUUAUUAUUACUUCUUCUUCUGUUUGAACGCGUUCUUGACAAUCUUCGCAAUCUUCAAAGUCGAAACGACGAACGCGCAACAGGACAGAUUGGUGCACUCGUCGAGACGAGAUGGGAACAGCGCAGCCUAUUACCAACAACGACAACAACAAAACAAAGGAGGUAAAGGAGAUGAUGAUGGCGAUGAUUCAUCGCACACGUACUCUGCGCGACGAUUCGCGAAACAAGACACUCGAGGAUCGUCUUCGUACGACCCGUCCAGAGCUUUACAUCCGUCCAUGUUAUUCCACGAUGGGCCGAGUUUAGAGGCGAGAUUUAACAAGCCGUUCGGCGUCGUCGCAUCUCCGGACGGGAGAGAUAUAUUCAUCGCGGAUACGUUUAACCACAGAAUACGGCGGAUAGACGUGGAGUUUGGGACGGUGACGACGUUAGCUGGGACCGGGGCGAGUGGGAGUGCGGAUGGUUUAGCGAAGAGAGGGGACGCGACGUUUAAGUUUCCAUCCGGCGUGGCGGUAUCGCCGGACGGCGGGUUCGUAUACGUCGCGGAUACGAAGAAUCAUAAGAUUCGAGUAAUUAUAUUAGGGAGCGGAGUGGUAAGAACUGUAGCGGGAUCUGGAUUAACCGGUUACCACGACGAUCUAGUCGGGACGAAAGCGAGGUUUAAUCAGCCGAUGGACGUGGUCAUGCACCCGGACGGGCACACGUUGUUCGUCUCGGAUGCGAUGAAUAAUUGCAUACGGAAAGUGGACGUGCAAAGCGGGGAGGUGACGACGUUGACGGGAGACAAACUUCCAGGAAUGAUAGACGGUAUAAAAUCUAACGCGAGAUUUUUACAACCCAUGGGUAUGUCGUGUAGCACAAACACCGUGUUGGAUGGCGGCGGCAAAUCGAGCAACAAGUGCACGUUUUUAGCCGUGGCUGAUGCUGGGAACCACGCGGUACGAUUAGUGAACACGGAGACCGGGGCAGUGGUCACGUUAGCCGGAGGUAAAAGUAGAGGAUAUAAAGGAAACGCGCUUGGUAUCGAUACGCUCUUUGCGAAGCCGACGGCGGUAUCGUUCGUGCCGUCCUCGCUAUCGGCGAUGAUGGCCGCGUCUUCCUCCUCGUUGUUUCAGUCGAAGAAGAAGGAGAAGGAAAAAGUGUACGUUUUAGUCGUAGACUCUGGAAACGGCGCGGUAAGAAAAGUUCCCGUUUUCGACGACAUCGCGGCGGCAUAUCCGGAUGGGUCCAAAGACGACACAUCGUACGAACCAAACUGGGAAAAUGCGGGGAAAGUCGUCGACGUGACGGUUGUGGAUAAAUCCAAUCACAUUCGAGACUAUUUAGGUCGUCGAUCGCCGACGAAAUCAUCAUUCGAUGUUCCGUUUGGCAUUUCCAUUUGCUUAGACUCGCAGCGCGUAUACGUGACGGAUAGAGGGAACCCGUCGUCGAUUAAAUUAUUAGACUUGGAGAGAAAACUCGCCCGAACGGUGGCGGGAGCGUUGAACGUAGAAUUCGAUCACACGCAAAACGAGAACGGCGAUAGUUUAGUAGACGACACGGACGACCACGAAAUGACGAAGCACUUGACGGGUAUUUAUGACGUUCGCCACAGAGGUGGCAUAUCAAACGCGGUGAGCAACAAAGAUUCUUUACACCCGAAAGUUGUCCACGAAGCGAGAACGGGCGAGUCACACAGCGCUUCCGCAGUGUGGGCCGAAGGUGUCGAAACGAACACCUUAGCCAUGUCCCACGAUUCUUUUUACACCCAUCACGGCUCUAUGGCUGGUACGUUUGGAUCGAUGAUGGAUAAAUACGAAGAGGCUAAAAUGCGCGCAAAGAAUACGAGCAUGGGCAAACGCUUUAUUCGAUGGUGGGUGUCUUUAUCGCUCUUCAUGCAAGUGUUUUACUAUUUGCUCUUCCAAGUCGUUUGGUACAUUGGAUUAAAGUAUCUGUGCAAAAAAUCCGCUAUUUUGAACAGAUUUGUCGAAUGGACGUGCGAAAAGUCCGGAUAUAACAGAUUUGCCGCGUGGUUUUACAUGAAAACGAAACCGUUGCGCGAUUAUUUAUAUCCAAUCUUUGACGUGCUCUAUCGAAGAGUGGUCGUUCGCGCGGUAAAUGCGAUUUUGCCUAAAUUGAAACUUUGGUACCAAAAGUACCCAGUAAUUCAAAAAACGAUCGAAGUGAUUAAAACUUUUGCGAUUAGAAUCAUCAGCACGAUUCAAUCCGUCGUCUCUACGAUCGUCUUUAACAAGCUGCUUCCCUUCGUGCAAAAAUACAAAAUCAUUGUCUCCAUGAGACUGCGACGCGUCUCGCCAAAGUUAGCCGCCUUCUUCGACGCGAUUCCAAAUAAACUGAAAGAGUUAUGGAGAACCAUAAAAGUAUGGUUCGCGCGCAUGUACAAUCAGUUCAGAAGCGCGUACGCGAGACACACUAGUAAUAAUAGAAAUAGAAGUAGCAACGAACCGUCGAUGGCGCCGGCGACGUCGCGCGUAAACGGAGGAAUGAAAUCUUUCGCCUUCUCCUCCGCCACGGCGCAAGCUAUGUCCAGACAUCCGCCAGCCUCGAUGAGUGCGGACGUCGUCAGAAAGUUACGCGAACAACGAGGAGCCUUAAACGACGACAACAACAGUCGACACAGAGAUUAA